CAGAGUGCACAUGGAUUCGGUAGAACUUUCGCUCCCUGAGUGUUUUUCCCUGCACUCCGAACAACAAAUGAAUUUAUCAAAGGCCCAAGUUAAUAGCGAAGAUAAGUACGCCAAAUGCAGCGCUUGGAGAACACAACAGCAAUACGACAUCGAGGCCAGUCACAUGCGUGAUGCACAUGCUCUAUAUAACCAAAGGCUGCUCUGCAGAAUGUCCAGCAAGGACCGCCACAUUGAGUCCAGUUGCCCCUCCUACAUAAAGACGGAACCUUCCAGCCCUGCCUCACUGACGGACAGCGUAAAUCACCACAGCCCCGGCGGCUCUUCAGACGCCAGCGGUAGCUACAGCUCGACCAUGAAUGGCCAUCAGAAUGGUCUGGACUCACCCACUCUUUACGGCCCAACCGGUGCUCUGGGUCCCAGCGGUGCCGGAGCCAAGCGUUACGAGGACUGCUCAAGCACUAUCACGGAGGACUCACAGAUUAAAUGCGAGUACAUGCUGAACUCCAUGCCCAAGCGCCUAUGUCUGGUGUGUGGGGAUAUCGCCUCCGGCUACCAUUAUGGUGUCGCAUCCUGCGAGGCCUGCAAGGCCUUUUUCAAGAGGACCAUUCAAGGAAACAUUGAGUACAGCUGCCCCGCCACCAAUGAAUGUGAGAUCACCAAACGCAGAAGGAAGUCCUGCCAAGCCUGCCGCUUCAUGAAGUGUCUGACCGUUGGCAUGAUGCGAGAAGGUGAGAGCAAUAAGAAAUAGUUGGGGAGUAGAGGAAAUGAACAUUUUAUCCAUUGUGCAACUGUAUUUUUCACUCUACAAUUCUGAGGAAAUGCACAGGUUUCCAUAAGGGGAAAAAAUAGUACAGGUCUAGAAUGAAGUCAAGGUUGAAACUGAAGGGCCAGUUGGCCUCGUGCCUCAAGGGCCACUCACAGUCAGCCAAACACCAUCUUUUGCCUUGGCCUCCAGGCCCUGUUCUAACUAACAAGACUGGUUAUUAUUUAGAGAGCCGGCCUUUGAGGCAUUUUCUCAGAGGUCUGCCAAACGGACAAGCAGUUAUUUUCAAACCGCCGCUCUCCUGUGGAAACAGGCUCUGGCUCUCCAGGCUUUCCCGCUUUUGAUGUUAAAAGUUUACA